AUGUAAUUCUAAUUUAAUUGGUUAUUUUUCUCACCACCUAAAACACCAUAAUAUAAUUAGUAGAGUUUUGGACCUAAUUUGAUCUUCAUAAAUAGCAACAUUAGAAAAGUUCCUUGUUUUAUAGAGAAAGGCACUUCAAACAUUUGGAUUAUGUUUUUUCAUGGAAAUAAAUAAGACUUGUAAAUAGAUUGAUUUAAAGAAUAGAUAUGGAGCAGUUGAAUUUAUGAAAUAAGUAAAAAAUGCUACAGAGAAAGAUUUUAAUAUAAUGGCAAUAGAAUAUCCUACAUAUGGGCUUUAUAAAGAUGCUGAACUAACUGAAGAAAAUAUUUAGUAAGAUGCUAUUGCUGCUUUUGAAUAUAUUGAGAAUAAAUAUGAAAACUCAUAAAUUUACAUUAUGGGCCGGUAAAAUAAUUGAUAUUUUAAAGAUCAAUGGGUUCAGGUCCUGCUUGUUAUUUAGCUAAUCUUCAAAAAGGAAAAGGUUUGAUUUUAAUUUCAGCUUAUGCUUCAUUUAGUAAAAUAGCUUAUGAACAUGCGAGCAGUUUAGGAGUUUUAGUUAAGGAUAGAUUUUAGAAUGCUAUAUAUGCAAAAAAUAUUACAAUUCCUACACUUUUGAUUCAUGGUAUGGCUGAUGAUAUUAUAAAUUACACAUAAACAAUCGAUAUAUAUAAUAAGUAACGUUUAUUAUAAAGUAGUUUACGAUCGAUUAUGAAACCUAUUCAUUUACCUCAAAAUAUGACUCACACAAAUUAUGAUAUGAUCAAAGAUAUAUGUGAACCAUUACUAGAUUUCUUUGAUUUAAUAACAUAUAGUUGA